AUGAUUUCUUCAAAGCCCAGACUUGUCGUACCUUAUGGCCUCAAGACUCUGCUUGAGGGAGUCAGCAGAGCCAUACUCAAAACCAAUCCACCAAACAUCACCCAGUUCGCAGCAGUUUAUUUCAGAGAACUUAUUCUCUUUCGAGAAGGACAUUCUUGUCUGGAUAUAAAAGAUCUGGUUAAACAAUUUCAUCAGAUUAAAGUGGAGAAAUGGUCGGAAGGAAUAGCACAAGAGAAGAAAGCAGAAUGUGUGAAAGAGCCAGAAAGAGCAUCUACCAUCUCCCUAGAACCUAAACGGAUGGAAAAAUCGACGGACACAGAGGAGGAUAACAUAGCAGCACCGCUCUUCAGCAACAAAACCACUCAGUUCCCAUCAGUUCAGGCCGAGCUGGUCUCAGAGCCUGAGGACGCAAGUGAAGCACUCCAGGGUCCAUCCAAACCGACCACCCCCAAGAACGCCACCCCACCAUCUUCACCAAUGCCAGCAGCUGUCACUUCCGAGUUUGCCUAUGUCCCUGCGGACCCCGCCCAGUUUGCUGCUCAGAUGUUAGCACUAGCAGCAAGCGAAGCAGGACAACCACCACCAUAUUCUAACAUGUGGACCCUUUAUUGUCUAACUGAUAUGAAUCAACAAAGCCGCCCAUCACCGCCACCUGCACCUGGGCCUUUCCCCCAGGCAACCCUCUAUCUUUCUAAUCCUAAGGAUCCACAGUUUCUGCAGCAUCCACCGAAAGUUACUUCUCCAACUUAUGUGAUGAUGGACGACAGCAAGACGACCACUGCCCCGCCUUUUAUUUUAGUGGGCUCAAAUGUUCAGGAAGCACAGGAUUGGAAGCCUGUUCCUGGACAUGCUGUUGUUUCCCAGUCAGAGGCCGUGAAGAGAUAUGCCGCAGUGCAAGUGCCCAUUGCUCUUCCUGCAGAUCAGAAAUUCCAGAAACACGUCCCCACCCCCCAGAAUGCUAGUCCUCCUACAAGUGGACAAGAUGUACCCAGACCAAAAAGCCCAGUUUUUCUUUCUGUUGCUUUCCCGGUAGAAGAUGUAGCCAAAAAAGGUUCAGGAUCUGGUGACAAACGGUCUCCCUUUGGAAGUUACGGUAUUGCUGGAGAAAUAACCGUGACUACUGCCCAUGUUCGCAGAGCAGAAACUUAA